UGUAAGUUAUAUAAAGGUGCUGCAGCAGGAUCCAGGUGUGAACGCUGACUACCUGCAGGCUGCUAACAUGUCGAAGUGUGCUCUCAGUCUCCUGAUCCUCCUCGUGGCUUCUGACUGCUCCUGGGCUGAAGAGAAGGAUCUGCCCGUCUCUGAGCUCCUGUGGAAAGCCAACCGGGAUGUUGUGCGUAGGGAGGAUGAGCCCCUCGUCAUAGAUGACAUCGCCUAUGACAAUGAGAAUGAGAGGAACUCUGAUCCGUGCGUCACCAACGGCUGCAUGUGGCCCAGUUCGGCGGAUGGAAACGUCUACGUGCCCUACACCAUCGCCUCACAUUACUACCUAUCAAGUGGAUUGAAGGAUUGUUCGGAGAAAGAACUAUUCCUGCCUGUUUUGUUUAUCAUUAUUUUCUUUUUCAAUAUAUGCAGCUGCUAUUCCUACGUUGGCCGCCGCGGUUACGCCCAGACAUUGUCUCUCGACCGUCAGGGCUGCCUCUACCACAGCACCGUCCAGCGCGAGCUGCUCCACGCCCUCGGCUUUCACCACGAGCAGUGUCGCUCCGACAGAGACCAGUACAUCCGAAUCCUGUGGGAGAACAUCCAGCCCGGUUUGGAGUACGCCUUUGACAAGAUCGACACUCUGAACAUGGACACCCCAUACGACUACAGCUCUGUCAUGCAGUACGAGAGGUUUGCCUUCUCUGCAAACAAUAAGGCCACCAUGGUGCCCAUCCCCAACACCAAUGUUGAGCUUGGCAUGUCCAGCCAGAUGAGCAGCAAUGACAUCCUGAGACUGAACAGGCUGUACAAGUGUGCAAGUUUUAGACCGUGAUGAAAACAGCCUUGACAAGAUGAAGCCGACUCGGACAUGAAAUCAGUCAGAUCCUUUCCCACGCUUUUAUACAAUUUGGGACGUUACAUCAACAAUAAACCUUCAUAUACAUGUU